AUGUUGUUCUAUAUACUUCUAAUAGCACUCCUUCAAGGAAGCAUUCUUGCCGCAAACACAAAAAAAGGGGCAGAUUUAUACAGCAGGCCGAGUGGGAGCGUUGCUAAUCCAUUUCCAACGGUAAUUCAAGAAAAAUAUACAGGGAAUGGAAUUAACUUUUUGGUCAUUGGUGAUUGGGGACAGAAAGGUCCUGGUACUGGUCAACUUCAAGUAGCAGCCGCUAUGAAAACUUGGGCUGAUAGCAAUAAAACUACUUUCAUUAUAAAUGUUGGUGAUAGUUUUUAUCGAACAAGUAACUCCAACACUACGGCUCUUGACCCAAAUGACCAUGAAGGUGUAUUAAAUGAAACGGAUCCAAAAUGGAAUACUUAUUGGUUAGAUGUAUAUAAUGGCACAUUAAGUGAAAUAACUUGGUAUACGGUAGCAGGAAACCAUGAUUGGUACGCAAAUGUCACUGCGGAAGUCGACUAUUUUUGGGAUAUUAACUCUAGAUUCUUCAUUCCCGCUCUUUAUUACGUUCGACAAGUUACAUUCAGUAAUAAUGUUAUAGCAACCUUUAUUCACAUAGACACCGAUCCUUUUUAUUAUAAUUAUUCUACUUAUACAAAGAAUGAUGAUAUGAAAUCGAAUGAAUUGAAUUUAAAUUUAUACACAACUAAUCAAACUGAUGUUAUAUUACAAUGGCUCGAACAACAGUUAAUUAACGCUCAGGGUUCUGAUUGGAUUUUCGUUGUCGGUCAUCAUCCACUUGUUGGCGAUUGCGCACUUUAUAAUCCUUCCCAAUAUUAUUUAAUGUAUGAAUUUCCUCCUCUUCUUAUAAAAUAUAAAGUAUCUGCUUAUUUUAAUGGUCAUGCGCAUGAACUUGCAAUUUCCGUCGCCAAUAAUACCUCUCCUGUCACUUAUUUCGGUUCUGGUGCUGGUGGUGCUACGCUCGGUUCUGGCUGUGCAAAUCCAACUUGGACUAACGGUUUAAGUUUUGGUUUCUUGUCUAUUAAUAUCCCUGAUAAAGGUGAUACUUUGUAUUACGAAUUUGUUGAUUCAAAUACAACUGAUACUCCUCCCACAAUCGUUUAUUCUGGUAAAAUUAAUUCUCGACUUUUAGAAAUGAUACUUUCUGCAUUAGUUAAGAAGCUUUCAGGCUAA